AGUAUUAGCGGUACUAUUGGAGGUGCUGCCGGAGGCGCACAGGGAGGUAUUGGCCAGGCUAUUGGUGGUGCCACUCAAGCUGCCAGUACUAUCGGUGGAGCGGCUGGUAAUCUAAUCAAUGAGGACAUCAAAUUCAAGACCGGAUUGGCUCAGGGUGCCCUAAAUGCGGGCUCAGACAUUUUGGCAGCAAAGGGUGCAUUCAUCGGAAAGUUAGCUAACACUGCUGAGGGAGCUGUUAGUGGAGGUUUAGGUGGUCUUAAUAAUGCCACCGGUGGUAUCGCUGGAGCCGUUGGUAAUCUGAUCAACGAUGACAUUAAAUUCAAGGCGGGAUUGGCUCAGGGUGGUCUUAAUAAUGCCACCGGUGGUAUCGCUGGAGCCGUUGGUAAUCUGAUCAACGAUGACAUUAAAUUCAAGGCGGGAUUGGCUCAGGAUGCCCUGAAUGCGGGUUCAGGCAUAUUAGCAGCAAAGGGUGCAUUGAUUGGCAAAUUAGGCGACGCAGCCCAGGGAGCCGUACAAAAGGGAACUGACGCCGCCAUCCAAGGUAUCGGUGGUGUCACUGGCGCUGUGGGCGGUCUCAUCAACAAAGAUAUCCAAUUCAAGACUAAUCUCAUUCAA